AUUCGAUCCUUUCGGCCAGCGUGACGACGGACUUACUUUUGGGACUAUUGCUCGGGCCACUUGGAGGUUGUCCAUGGUCUACUGAAUUCUGGCCACCUCGUUGGUAAUCCAAUCUCUGAUCACACCAUGAGCUUUUACAUUAAAGUGUCCUUCCUUCUUCAUAGGACUGUUUACCAAUAAGCGACAACUUCUGCCCAAGUCUCAAACAGUGUUUUGCUAAUUCCGAGCUCAUCAAAUCAAACGUCCUAGAUUUUGUCCGUGAUGAAUGACUGACGAAGAUAUGUGAUCGUAAUACAGCAUUUGGGCAUUUUGGAGCAGCUUUCUCCUUUUAUGUAUGCGAGUUGAUGGAACCGAGACUGGAACAGUUGAAAGUCCUGGGUAGAUGUUUAAAACUGUUGCCCCCGCCUGCUUUUUGGGUUUUGAGCUCCAAGUCCGUCUUGCCGCGAAUCAUCUAGACAGUCAAUGCUUUAAUCUUGCUUCUACAGAAUAUAGUAAGACUCUGGCAAUGGAAUCACUUAACUUCCAGCCGACCUUCCUUGAUCGGCUGUUCAUCGGCAUCUUCCACUUCAUCAACAGACUCUUGCCGAGGCAUAAGCUCCCCGCCUUCCUCGGCGCCUUCAACGUAGCGUCCAUGCGCAGAGAGCUUCGUGCUCAAAACCUCCACGAUGGGCCAGCAGGUGUCUAAAGAGUGACCGCUUCAUUACUAGAGAGUAGAACACGGACACAUACACCAAAGACGGGUUUCACUGGGUUCAGAACACUGGGAUGAAAAAGAUAUGAAUGCAGCAUUUCCCGAAGCUGGAAGUUAUUUAAAGAGUAGCAAGAAUGUAUCUGCGCCGUGGGAGAAGUUACCCGAGUCUGCAAAGUGCAGAGGGGCUGAGACAAAUGCCCAGGAUACCUCGCCUUAAGGUUGUUUCAUGCGCCGCCAAAGUUUUACAUUC